AUGCCUCACACGCAGCGACAGCCGGUUGGCAGUAGGGGGCAGUGCUCCUCCCGCCUCCUCCCCCUCCUCCUUCUCCUCCUAUCCCUCGCUGCCCACAGCCAUGCAGCCAUACACAUACCCUCCAACUACCACAUAAGUGAUCUGAAGAGGCCUCCAGCGAUCACCACACAGCCGGAGUCUGUCACCGUCUUCAGCGUUGAGGACCUCGUCAUGAGCUGCGAAGCCUCCGGAAACCCUACGCCCAUUUUCCGAUGGACAAAGGACGGACAGGAGUUUGUCCCUGGCGGCGACCCAGAGCUGAAGGUUUCCGAGAACACUGGCUCGUUCGCAUUCUACACACUCAGUAACACAAUGGACUCCGUGAAGCAGUACCAAGGCAAAUACAUCUGCUACGCGUCCAACGAGCUGGGGACUGCCGUGUCUAAUGAGGCCCAUCUCAUCACUGAUGUGCCUCCGACCCUGCAGAAAGAGAAAAAGGUUACCGUGAAGUCUGAACAGGGAAGCAGUAUUGUUCUGAAGUGUAACCCCCCACAGAGCUCUAUGGAGCCGAUCAUUCACUGGAUGGACUGGACUCUCCAUCAUAUCCAGCUUAGUCAGCGAGUGGUGGUGGGGAAAGACGGCAACCUGUACUUUGCCCAUUUGACGGCAGAGGACAGCAGGAGCGACUACACCUGCAACGUCCAGUACCUGGCGACUCGCACCAUUCUGCCAAAGGAGGCCAUCACACUGACGGUCACCGCCUCCAACUCGGUAGUGCGGAACAAGAGGCCUCAGAUGAUGAGACCUACUGGAAGCCACAGCACUUACCACGCCCUCAGGGGCCAGACCGUGGAGCUGGAGUGCAUCGUCCAAGGCCUUCCGACUCCUGACGUGAUGUGGCUGAGGAAGGACGGGGAGCUGUCCGAGUCUCGAACCACGCAGGACAUGUUCGACCGCCGCCUGCGCUUCAGCAACAUCUCAGAGAGCGACGCGGGCGAGUACCAGUGUAAAGCCACCAACUCCCAGGGAAAGGUCACGCACACUUACACUGUGAUUGUGGAAGCUGCUCCCCACUGGGUGAAGGAGCCUGUCAGUCAGUUAUAUGCCCCGGGUGAGACUGUCAAACUGGACUGUCAGGCAGACGGCAUCCCCCCUCCUGCCAUCACCUGGACCAUCAAUGGGGUCCCCCUCACAGAUAUCGAUGAGGACUCCAGACGUGCUGUGAACCCAACCUCUCUUAUCCUAGAGGACGUCAACUUUGAAGACACCGCCAUCUACCAGUGUCAGGGCUCCAACAAGCACGGAACCGUCCUCACCAACACCAACGUUUAUGUGAUUGAGCUGCCACCACAGAUCCUUACUGAGGAUGGGACCACAUACACAUUUACAGAGGGCCACAAGGCUUUGCUGGAGUGUGACACCUUUGGUUCUCCUCAACCUAAAGUUACAUGGGAGAGUGGCAGCAGCUCCCUUCUGGCAGAUCUCAGAGUGAACCCACUGACGAAUGGGGGCCUCGAGAUCGCUAAUGUCACCCAUGAAGAUGAAGGCUUCUACACCUGCUCUGUAAAGAACACCAACAUGUCAAUCAAUGCCGUGCUGGAAGUCCUCAACAGGACCGUGAUCUUGUCGCCACCACAGGCUCUGAAGGUGCAGCCUGGAAACACAGCCAUCUUCACCUGUCUGGCCCUAGUUGACCCCAAACUCGGUUCUCCGCUCAUCCAGUGGAGAAAGAACAACCAGAAGCUGUACGAGUCGCAAAGUGACCAAAAAUACACAAUAGAGGGUCCAGACCUGAUGAUAAAUAAUGUGGAAGAAGAUGAUGAGGGUGUGUACACCUGUCAGGUCAUCACUAAGCUGGACAUGGCGGAGGCCAGUGGCACCCUCACUUUAUAUGACCGUCCAGACCCUCCUGUCCUCGUUCAGGUCACUGAUCCUAAGGGUCGCUCAGUCACUCUCAGCUGGACUCCUGGAGACGACAAUAACAGCCCUGUGAUAGAGUACGUGGUUGAGUUUGAGGACCAAGAUUCGAAGGAGAGGAUCUGGGAAGUCCUGAAAAGAGUGACUGGGCCCACAGAGCGUGUCAGCGUCCCUCUGUGGCCCAACAUGUCCUACCGUUUCCGGGUCACUGCCGUCAAUGAGUUGGGUAAGAGCGACGCCAGCCAGCCGUCUGUAAUGCACAAGACACUCGCUGAAGCUCCAGACAAUAACCCUGAAGAUGUGAGAAGUGAGUCCACAGACCCAGACACUCUGGUCAUCACCUGGGAGGAAAUGGACAAACGCAACUUCAAUGGCCCUGACUUUAAGUACAAGGUGCUGUGGAGGCGAGUGCUGGGCAGCGGGCCCAGCUGGCACUUCAAUCACACGGCGGCACCGCCAUUCAUCGUCAAUGACGUUGGCAACUUCUCCGCCUUUGAGAUAAAAGUACAGGCUGUGAAUGAGGAGGGAGAUGGACCUGAAGCAGACCCGGUCAUUGGCUACUCAGGAGAAGAUGUUCCCUUGGAGGCUCCGAUGGAUGUGGGCGUUAUACUAAUAAACAGCACUACCAUCAAAGUGACCUGGGCAGCGGUAGACAGAGAGACAGUCAGAGGGCACUUGCUGGGAUACAAGAUCUACUUGACCAGGACGGGCUCUAGGGGCCACCACCGUGGCAGAAGGGCCAAGGAGUCAGAAAGCACAAUUGUGGUGGAGACUGGGGCCAACGAAGAAAAGAAGACGAUCAGUGAUCUCAGGCCGUUCUCCCACUAUUCACUGGCUGUCAUGGUAUUCAACAGCAAGGGAGAGGGACCUGCCUCUGAGUCGCUGUCCUUCAAGACCCAUGAGGGAGUUCCCGGUCCUCCCAUGUCCCUGAGUUUGGACAGCCCAUCAGAGACAGAGAUGACCCUCCACUGGACGCCUCCUGAACAACCCAACGGAGUCCUCAUUGGAUAUCUCCUGCAAUACCAACUUGUGGAGAGUGAUGACAGCCCCAUGCAGGUAGAGACAAUAGACGAUCCCAACCUCACCCACCUCACGCUGAAGAGCCUGGACCGGCACAGCCACUAUCGCUUCUACCUGCGUGGGCGCACCGCCACUGGAGACGGAGAGCCCAUAAAGCAGGAUGGCGCCACCACCCUGGAUGGAGCGCCUCCUUCCAACAUCAGCCUGUCUGCGGGGGAAAAAUCUGUUAACCUCAGCUGGGUCGCCAAAAAGAGACAUAGGAAUGUUGACUUCCAGAUACACUACCUCAGAAAGAAUGAUGGCAGCACAUGGAAGAAGACGGAGAAGGUGAACUCUUCUCAGUCCACCUACCAGCUCCAAGGCCUGACACCCGGCUCUGACUAUCAUCUACGCAUCACCCACAGCAACACCACCUUCUGGGAAGCUCACAUCAAGACAGACGGAACAGCCGUGACGGAGGUGCAGCAGAGCUUUGCCACGCAAGGCUGGUUUAUCGGCGUGGUGAGCGCCAUCGUGCUGCUGCUGCUGAUACUGCUCAUCCUCUGCUUCAUCAAGAGGAGUAAAGGGGGGAAGUACUCAGUGAAAGAUAAAGAGGAGGGCCCGAUGGAUUCAGAGGCGCGGCCUAUGAAAGAUGAGACUUUCGGAGAGUACAGAUCUCUAGAAAGUGAUCUGGAGGAGAAGCACACAGCCAGCCAGGCGUCCCUGUGCGAGGAGAGCAAGCUGUGCAGCGAGGACAACCUGGACUUCAACGGCAGCAGUGCCAGGACCCUGGAGCUCAACAUGGACGAGUCCCUGGUGAGCCAGCUCAGUCGGCCCAGCGAGGGCCCGGACGCGCUCCACGGCAUGCCAGACAACUCCCCGCUCAACCCCAACGCCGUCUCCCCAGCCCCCAACGGCACGCCCAACUCAGUUACCAUUCUAGAUUAA